CAAAGACAUUUCAACACGAACUUUUAAGAAUAUUAUCAUAAUAAAUUGCUCCAUUAUAUCCUCUGAAGAGGAACAAUGAAGAAAAAAGUUGUCAUUAAGGUUUCUAUUAAUGGAAACUCCCAUUCCAUCCUGAAGAAGUUUCUUAUGGAUUUUUUGAAGCUAAAGUACCUUGCCAAAUGUUGGGGGAACAAUUAUCAAGAUUCUAGAUCCAAAAACCAGAGCAAGGUCUUGUUAAUUGCAGCAAAAAUACCAGGGGUAGAGAAAGUAGCUAUAGAAGGUGAAGAAAAGAAUGAGCUAAUGGUGAUCGGUGAGGAAAUUGAUGCAGCAGAGUUGGUCACUACACUUAGGAAGAAAGUAGGUUUUGCCAACAUUGUGAGUUCUUGGAGGGAAGGAUGCCGAAGGUCUAUUUGGAAACAGCCUCUCUACCCCAAGGGGUAGAGAAAGUAGCUAUAGAAGGUGAAGAAAAGAAUGAGCUAAUGGUGAUCGGUGAGGAAAUUGAUGCAGCAGAGUUGGUCACUAUA